UAAAGAAAGACACUUCAAAUCUACAGUGACAUCCCAAGCAAGAGGAUACAAUGCAAUUUGUGUGGAUGAUGUGUUCUCUACUACUCUGGUGUGCCUUGGCAGACUCCCAGGGUAAUAGUUCUAGUUACCCCACAGGCAACCAAGGUGGCCAGGCUUCUGGUUAUGGUGCCGGCACAAACCAACAAGGUUCCCCACCUUCUGGUUCUGAUGCCAACACAAAACAAGAAAACUCCCAGGGUAAUGGUUCUGGUUACCCCACAAUCAACCAAGAAUCCCCACCUUCUGGUUCUGAUGCCAACACAAACCAAGAAAGUUCCCCAGCUUCUGGUUCUGAUGCCAACACAAAACAAGAAAGUUCCCAGGGUUCUGGUUCUGAUGUCGACACAAACCAACAAAGUUCCCAGGAUUCUGGUUCUGAUGUCGACACAAACCAACAAAACUCCCAGGGUAAUAGUUCUAGUUACCCCACAGGCAACCAAGGUUCCCCACUUUCUGGUUCUGAUGCCAACACAAACCAAGAAAACUCCCAGGGUAAUAGUUCUAGUUACCCCACAGGCAACCAAGGUUCCCAGGGUUCUGGUUCUGAUGUCGACACAAACCAACAAAACUCCCAGGGUAAUAGUUCUAGUUACCCCACAGGCAACCAAGGUUCCCCACCUUCUGGUUCUGAUGCCAACACAAACCAAGAAAGUUCCCAGGGUUCUGGUUAUGAUGUCGACACAAACCAACAAAACUCCCAGGGUAAUAGUUCUAGUUACCCCACAGGCAACCAAGGUUCCCCACCUUCUGGUUCUGAUGUCGACACAAACCAACAAAACUCCCAGGGUAAUAGUUCUAGUUACCCCACAGGCAACCAAGGUUCCCCACCUUCUGGUUCUGAUGCCAACACAAACCAAGAAAGUUCCCCACCUUCUGGUUCUGAUGCCAACACAAACCAAGAAAGUUCCCAGGGUUCUGGUUAUGAUGUCGACACAAACCAACAAAACUCCCAGGGUAAUAGUUCUAGUUACCCCACAGGCAACCAAGGUUCCCCACCUUCUGGUUCUGAUGCCAACACAAACCAAGAAAGUUCCCAGGGUUCUGGUUAUGAUGUCGACACAAACCAACAAAACUCCCAGGGUAAUAGUUCUAGUUACCCCACAGGCAACCAAGGUUCCCCACCUUCUGGUUCUGAUGCCAACACAAACCAAGAAAGUUCCCAGGGUUCUGGUUAUGAUGUCGACACAAACCAACAAAACUCCCAGGGUAAUAGUUCUAGUUACCCCACAGGCAACCAAGGUUCCCCACCUUCUGGUUCUGAUGCCAACACAAACCAAGAAAGUUCCCAGGGUUCUGGUUAUGAUGUCGACACAAACCAACAAAACUCCCAGGGUAAUAGUUCUAGUUACCCCACAGGCAACCAAGGUUCCCCACCUUCUGGUUCUGAUGCCAACACAAACCAAGAAAGUUCCCAGGGUUCUGGUUAUGAUGUCGACACAAACCAACAAAACUCCCAGGGUAAUAGUUCUAGUUACCCCACAGGCAACCAAGACUCCCAGGGUAAUAGUUCUAGUUACCCCACAGGCAACCAAGGUUCCCCACCUUCUGGUUCUGAUGCCAACACAAACCAAGAAAGUUCCCAGGGUUCUGGUUCUGAUGUCGACACAAACCAACAAAACUCCCAGGGUAAUAGUUCUAGUUACCCCACAGGCAACCAAGGUUCCCCACCUUCUGGUUCUGAUGCCAACACAAACCAAGAAAGUUCCCCGGCUUCUGGUUCUGAUGCCAACACAAAACAAGAAAGUUCCCAGGCUUCUGGUUCUGAUGUCGACACAAACCAACAAAACUCCCAGGGUAAUAGUUCUAGUUACCCCACAGGCAACAAAGGUUCCCCACCUUCUGGUUCUGAUGCCAACACAAACCAAGAAAGUUCCCAGGGUUCUGGUUCUGAUGUCGACACAAACCAACAAAACUCCCAGGGUAAUAGUUCUAGUUACCCCACAGGCAACCAAGGUUCCCCACUUUCUGGUUCUGAUGCCAACACAAACCAAGAAAGUUCCCAGGGUUCUGGUUCUGAUGUCGACACAAACCAACAAAACUCCCAGGGUAAUAGUUCUAGUUACCCCACAGGCAACCAAGGUUCCCCACCUUCUGGUUCUGAUGCCAACACAAACCAAGAAAGUUCCCAGGGUUCUGGUUCUGAUGUCGACACAAACCAACAAAACUCCCAGGGUAAUAGUUCUAGUUACCCCACAGGCAACCAAGACUCCCAGGGUAAUAGUUCUAGUUACCCCACAGGCAACCAAGGUUCCCCACCUUCUGGUUCUGAUGUCGACACAAACCAACAAAACUCCCAGGGUAAUAGUUCUAGUUACCCCACAGGCAACCAAGGUUCCCCACCUUCUGGUUCUGAUGCCAACACAAACCAAGAAAGUUCCCCACCUUCUGGUUCUGAUGCCAACACAAACCAAGAAAGUUCCCAGGGUUCUGGUUAUGAUGUCGACACAAACCAACAAAACUCCCAGGGUAAUAGUUCUAGUUACCCCACAGGCAACCAAGGUUCCCCACCUUCUGGUUCUGAUGCCAACACAAACCAAGAAAGUUCCCAGGGUUCUGGUUAUGAUGUCGACACAAACCAACAAAACUCCCAGGGUAAUAGUUCUAGUUACCCCACAGGCAACCAAGGUUCCCCACCUUCUGGUUCUGAUGCCAACACAAACCAAGAAAGUUCCCAGGGUUCUGGUUAUGAUGUCGACACAAACCAACAAAACUCCCAGGGUAAUAGUUCUAGUUACCCCACAGGCAACCAAGGUUCCCCACCUUCUGGUUCUGAUGCCAACACAAACCAAGAAAGUUCCCAGGGUUCUGGUUAUGAUGUCGACACAAACCAACAAAACUCCCAGGGUAAUAGUUCUAGUUACCCCACAGGCAACCAAGGUUCCCCACCUUCUGGUUCUGAUGCCAACACAAACCAAGAAAGUUCCCAGGGUUCUGGUUCUGAUGUCGACACAAACCAACAAAACUCCCAGGGUAAUAGUUCUAGUUACCCCACAGGCAACCAAGGUUCCCCACCUUCUGGUUCUGAUGCCAACACAAACCAAGAAAGUUCCCAGGGUUCUGGUUAUGAUGUCGACACAAACCAACAAAACUCCCAGGGUAAUAGUUCUAGUUACCCCACAGGCAACCAAGGUUCCCCACCUUCUGGUUCUGAUGCCAACACAAACCAAGAAAGUUCCCAGGGUUCUGGUUCUGAUUUCGACACAAACCAACAAAACUCCCAGGGUAAUAGUUCUAGUUACCCCACAGGCAACCAAGGUUCCCCACCUUCUGGUUCUGAUGCCAACACAAACCAAGAAAGUUCCCAGGGUUCUGGUUCUGAUUUCGACACAAACCAACAAAACUCCCAGGGUAAUAGUUCUAGUUACCCCACAGGCAACCAAGGUUCCCCACCUUCUGGUUCUGAUGCCAACACAAACCAAGAAAAUUCCCAAGGUAAUGGAUAUGGUUCCAAUUCAAACAAGCAAGAUUCCCAGGGUAAUGGUUAUGGUUCCAAUUCAAACAAGCAAGAUUCCCAAGGUAAUGGAUAUGGUUCCAAUUCAAACAAGCAAGAUUCCCAGGGUAAUGGAUAUGGUUCCAAUUCAAACAAGCAAGGUGCCCAGGCUUCUGGUGAAAAAACAAACAAACACGGUGGCCAGGCUUCUGGUGGCAAAAAAAAUGAACAAGAUUCCCAGGGUAAUGGUUCUGGUGGCAAAACAAAGGAACACGGUGGCCAGGCUUCUGGUGGCAAAAAAAAUGAACAAGAUUCCCAGGGUAAUGGUUCUGGUGGCAAAACAAAGGAACACGAUUCCCCGGCUUCUGGUUCUGGUGGCAAAUUAAAGGAACACGAUUCCCAGGGUAAUGGUUCUGGUGGCAAAACAAAGGAACACGGUGGCCAGGCUUCUGGUGGCAAAAAAAAGGAACACGGUAAGUGUUCUGCAUACUUUUCAAUGCCAGUGAUUCAGAAAAUAUUGACUGCUAGUCUGUGGCAGCUGAAUAUGAUCAGCUUAGACCUUGACUGA